AUGGCGCCAAACGACCUAGGAGAUGAGCCACUUGACCUACAGAUCUUCGCAGAUGAAGACGACGCUGAUGAUAAGACCUACAAGCAGAUUCUCCUCGCUCUCGUCAGUGGAGAGCUGAGUCCGCAUGCCGUAGCCGCCGACUUUGACGCCUGGGUCGUGCGGGAAUCCAACAGACGACUCAAGCUGCUCAUGGAGCGGCCAGAUCCUAAAGGCCUGACACCCCAAGAGGAAUCCAGUGGAAUGACCAUGCGCAUGAUAUCUCCCGAUGCUAGCGGCUAUAUCGAAGAGGCUUUUUCAGCUAUUGCCAGACUCUUCUCAGCCUUCCCACCGAACCAUCCUGGUCAAGAUCGCAUCAUUCUGUUUAUUGAGGCACUAAGUGCCAUGCCAGAGCAUAGAGCCCCGGAUGCGAUCCCGGAUAGCUCGAAUGACGGCUAUAUCACGCUGUGGCCCUUUGGAGGCAAUUGGCAAGCCUUGGCAGAAUUAUUCCGUAAAGAAGCAUCGGCAUAUUUCUUCCCAUGUCCCGACAUCGGCAUUCCGGGUAGUGAGAAGCGCCUCCGCUGGCGCAACCUCCAGUCUGCCAUGGCGCGCCUCACUGCGAUGGAACUCAUAGACUGUGGCUUCCUAUGCGCCUUAGAGUACAUAUUACCGUCUAACCCCUAUUAUCCUGGUCUGGGGAAGAAAGAACUCGAUGGUCCGAAUGUUAUUGGUGGCAGCGCCAUCGCUGGGGCACAAUGGAUCGUAGCGCAGCCCGACCUGGUUGGGAGAUAUGUCUACGCGCAGUGUCAACAGGCGGGGUCUGUUGAUGGACCCAGGGAUAUGUGGAGUGCAGAGAGAUGGGGGCAGUGGAAGGAGCAAUUUGAGUUUAUUGCCAGAGAUGGGAGGUUUGACGAUGAAGCGAGGCGGGUAGCUGAGCUGGCUCUGAGGCGGAUGAGCGGCGUUGAACUGGAACUCGCAUAG